CUCGCCCCCUCCGGAAUGUUCGGCCCUCUUCCCCCCAAAAAAAAAAAAAUCACUCUGGUUUUGCCCUAACUUUCUUCUCACACCUGCUGCCCUCUCUCCCCAGAAACAAAAAAUCGCUCGAUCAAAAAGGUUUUGCCCCAACUUUCUUCUCACCCCUGCUGCGGGCUGCUGCCCUCUCUGCUACCGACCGCAGUCCCCAUCCCUUCCCCUCCGCCUCUUCCCUUCCGGCCGCUCGCCGAACGCCAUCGGAAGCCCCACAUCGAAGAAGAUCAGAUUCGACCGGAUCUCAUCCUCUACUCAACCUUCCCUUCCUUCCUUCCUUCUCUGAUCGGAGGGAUGCCCUAGUCGCCUCCGGGUUCUUCUCCGUCAGCUCGCCUGAGCCCCUUCGAAGGCGCUUCUCGUUGGACCCACCUGCCGCACCUCCUCCUCUCCACCUGCUGCUGCCACUUAUUCUCCUUCUAACUAGUUGUUACAGAAGAAGAUGAUGGCGUUUAGGGUUCUCUCGCGAAUCCCGAGGGGCGGCGCCGCCACCGCCGCCCACCGCGCGAUCAUGGCGGCAUCGCGGCCGGAAGCGGCAGGGAACCUCUCGGGUGGAGCCCCUCAGAUCAAGGUUCCAUACCAAUCAAACCGAAUGUUGAGCCAUUCAACUGUAGUUGAUUCAAUCUUUCAGCGAUUUGGGUUCUCAUCUACUGCAUCUCCUGAACCUACUGAAAAGGAUGCGAACCAAUCUCCCGGCCACGAUAAUACAUCAAAAGCUUCAUCAGAAGCGGUGCCCGACAUCGACCCUACCAAAAAGAGUAAUGGUUCUACUAGCCCAGGUCAAACACCAGAUGCAGGUCAUAGUUCGGAACCUGAGGAUCCAAAAUCCCACGACUCUCAUAAGAGGAGGAGGAAGAGUAGUACUAAACGAACUGCAUUUUCUGAUUCAGAUGCCGAGGGGGAGCUAUCUAUGGAUGAAUUAGUCAAGCUCGUAGCAGAGAAAGAAGAGCUACUGAAGUUAAAGCACAAGGAGAUUGAGAAAAUGCAAGAUAAGGUUCUUCGCAGCUAUGCCGAGAUGGAGAAUGUUAUAGACAGGACAAAGCGUGAGGCUGAGAACUCAAAGAAAUAUGCAAUACAGAGCUUUGCGAAGAGCUUGUUAGAUGUUGCGGAUAAUUUGGCUAGAGCUUCAUCUGUUGUGAAGGAAAGCUUUUCAAAGCUUGAUACAUCUAAAGACAAUGCAGGAGCUGUCCCUCUCCUGAAAACCCUACUUGAGGGUGUUGAGAUGACUGAAAAGCAACUUUCGGAGGUGUUUAGAAAGUUUGGAGUGGAGAAAUUCGACCCUACAAAUGAGCACUUUGAUCCGCAUAGGCAUCUUGCAGUUUUCCAAAUCAAAGAUGCUUCGAAACCACCUGGAACUGUAUCUGUUGUUAUAAAGACUGGAUACAUGCUGCACGAUCGCGUACUUCGCCCGGCAGAAGUUGGUGUAACCGAAGCCAAUAAUGAAACAGAUGAAAAUUCCAGUGAAUGAAUUGGAGGUUGGGCGGGGCCCGUAGUACUUCCUAUCAAACAUUUCUUAUAGUUGUAUACAGAGUUUUUAAGUUAACUCACUUUUCCGUAGUCGGCGAGAUCAUUUACCCGUAAGAUUAGGAAAGGAAAAUUUGACUGCUGAUCUUUUUUUGAAAGUUCGACACCGAGUCUGUUCACAAUUUUUGGUUCUUUAAUUGAAAUAAUCAGUUUUUACGAAACUCGCUCGUGCAGCUUUUGGAUAUGGAAAUUUCCUCACUAGACUCUAGUUGUCGCGGAAUAUUGUGAACAACAAUUCGAUGACUCUCAGAACACUCUUUUGAUCAAUCAUUUAUUUUUGUAGCAA